UAUAUAUUUUUAAUAAAUUUGUUGGGACUAACAUUAAAGUGGUUAGAGUGUUCAAAAGGUUAAAAUAUAAAAAAAGUGAGUCCCAAAAUUAUACUUAACUCACGAUAUCAUUUCCCCGUCAACCGAGUAGCAGCACCGCCGUUUCCUUGUACUAGCAUUUUAGGUUUCAAUUUCAACAACAAUUCAAAUUCAAGGUCUCAACGAAUACCACUAACCGGAGCAACCCAAGGAAACCCAUCAUUUCAUCUAUGGAACUUGAAUGACCCAUUUCAUGUUUCCGCCAUUAAAGCUGGCCAUUGAUGGUGGAGGAAGCUUUUUUUUAGAAAAUUUCAUGGGGUAGUUCUGUUUCACUCUCUUCAUCUCAUUAAGGUUUGUUUUUCAUAUUCAUAUUGUGUUACAGUUACAUAUUAUAAUUUUGUCAAGUUUUCGAAAUGCGUCGAAAUCUUGCAAUUACAGGAUAUAGGGUUUUAGCUGGGUCAAUUAAUCAAACCUUAAAACCCUCAAUUUUAUGCAACAAUUUCGUUGAGCACAAUCAUAGGUCAAUUGGGUUUUCAUUAUUUAGGGCAUUUUCUGGGUUUCAUGAUAAUAGGAGAAAACCUGACCCAGAUGACCCUUUAAGCUUAAUGAAGGAAGAUGGGGUUGCAGUUUGCUCACAUAUGUGGAUUGAGAAUUUUCGCGAACCCGAAAAGAGUGUUAGCAAUUUGACUUCAUAUCUUAGGAAAUUUGAGUUGUGGGUAUUGGCAUAUCAGAAGGUGUAUGCUGAUGAAACUGGUUCUUAUUUGCCUCGACAUUCGAUACAACGGUCGGCCUUGGAGGAUUUGUUGGCUCUUAGGAAUGCAGUUCUCGAUGAUAGGUUUAAAUGGGGUGCUAGAUUGAACUUUUAUAUCAAGUCACCUAGGGAUAAGACUGAGUAUGAUUCUUUAUCGAAAAGGAAGAUUAAGACGAUAUUAACCACCACGCAGCCGGCUCCGUAUCAAGAUAGGAUUGUUCAAGAGGUUUUGUUUAUGACUUUGGAGCCCAUUUAUGAGUCUCGCUUUUCGCAGAAGUCAUAUGCAUUUAGACCUGGUAGGACUGCUCAUACUGUUUUGAGGGUUAUUAGGAGGUCUUUUGCUGGGUAUUUGUGGUAUAUAAAAGGAGAUUUGAGUACCAUUCUUGAUGGCGUGAAGGUUGGAUUAGUUAUAAGUGCUUUAAUGAGGGAUGUGAGGGAUAAGAAGGUGGUUGAUUUGAUACGAUCAGCUCUUGUGAUGCCAGUGAUUGCGACAAAGAUUGAUGAUGGUGAUAAAAAGAAGAAGAAACGAAAGUAUCAGAAGAAGAAGGUUUUGGCAGAUGAUGAACCAAAACCUGAUCCAUAUUGGUUGGAUUCCUUUUUUGGGUUUGCUCCAGAGGAAGCAGAGAAGGUUCCUUCUUGGGGUCAUUGUGGAAUUUUGAGCCCACUGUUGGCGAACAUAAUCUUAGAUGAAUUGGAUCAUUGGAUGGAGGGUAAGAUUAAGGAGUUUUAUCAUCCUUCAAAAAGUGAUGUCAUUUGGAAUACGCCAGAAGGCGAAGCAGAGCAGGGAAAUACUUCAUGGCCUGAGUUUGUCCCCACUAGUGGACCAGAUAAAACACGAAAAAUGGACUUUAUCAGGUAUGGAGGUCACAUUUUGAUCGGAAUUCGAGGACCCAGAGCUGAUGCAGCAAUAUUAAGAAAGCAGUUGAUUGAGUUCUGUGAUCAGAAAUAUCUCCUGAAGCUCGACAAUGACAGCCUACCUAUUGAGCACAUAACCAAGGGAAUUAUGUUUCUUGAUCAUGUAUUAUGCCGAAGAGUUGUUUAUCCCACACUGCGCUACACAGCUACUGGUGGAAAAAUUAUCAGUGAGAAGGGUGUUGGAACCCUUUUGUCUGUGACAGCUAGUCUGAAGCAAUGUAUUAAGCAAUUCAGGAAGUUGAACCUUCUGAAAGGGGAUCGAGAACCUGACCCACAGCCUUGUUUCAGAAUGUUUCAUGCUACUCAAGCUCACACUAAUGCUCAGAUGAACAAGCUGCUCUGCACUAUGGUUGAGUGGUACAGAUAUGCUGAUAAUAGGAAGAAAAUUGUUAAUUUUUGCUCUUAUAUUAUCAGAGGAUCACUUGCAAAGCUGUAUGCUGCGAAAUAUAAGCUUCGUUCACGUGCAAAAGUGUACAAGAUUAGUGAUAGAACCCUUAGUCGUCCUUUAAAAGAGAAAAAGGGGCUUUCACCUGAGUAUCAGAACAUGCUAAGGAUGGGUCUCGCAGAGUCUAUUGAAGGGCUGAAGUAUACAAGGAUGUCUCUUGUGCCUGAGACAGAUUACACCCCUUUUCCUAAUAGCUGGAGGCCUGAACAUGAAAAGGCAUUGUUAGAGUUCCUGAGCCUUGAUGAUCCUAAGACCUUGGAGGAUCAGAGGAACUGUAUCAAAGAGCAAGGCCUAAUUUCACCACAAGAUAAUAUUUCUAUGCUCGUUUGGAACUAUAAAAGAAAUGCUGUUGUAUCGGAUCAACUUUCCUUAUUAAAUGGUGGUAGCAAGAAUAUUGAAAGUUAUGAUCAGUCUCAGUUGGAGUCAAGUAAUGAUGACCAUGUUGAAAAAAGUGAAGAUGAGGAAGAAAAUGUAGAGAGAAUUGACAUGGCACACAUGUGAGGCACCUUCGUGUAUGAGCCUUUUGAACUUUGUGCGUAAAGGAAGAAGUCAUGCUUGAAAGGUAUGCACAUAAGAUUGAGGAACAGUAAGGAAUAACUUCAUGUGUUGCUCGAAAAUAUCAAGCUCAUGUAUAUGGAAAGGAGUCAGCAGAAGAGUUAUGCAUGUCAAAAUGAACUUCUUUUUUGAAAGUUGGGAGACUUGGAGGUCACCUUCUAAUGGUCAAAUCAGUGGAAGAUGCUUUUAUGGAGACCAAAAUUUGUCAGCUUGUGCAAGGUCUAGGGCCUACGUGGUUAGUUGUAUUUGUGCCACCCUCUACACACAACUUACAAGUGAGAGGAUUUGAAGAGCAGGGUACAUCAAUUUUGAGUUGUAAGUACAUUAUUGGCAAUGCGUUGUUUUCAUUUAUUCCAGAUCGCAGGUUAAUAAUCAUUUAUCAUCUGCAGGCUCUUCAUUUCUGAAUUAUAGGAACAACAUGACUUGUAAUUGACAUGAUGAAAAAUUAUGUACCUCAAGCUUUCGAAUAAAGAAUCCUGUUCGAUUGCGAAGUACCAGUAAUAAUGAAUUUAGAGGUAAAAAUAGUGAACAUAUCUUUCUCAUUUCGCAUCAGAUCCUUCCAAUGUAUAUGUGAAGUGUGUAGAUGCAAAAUAGGCGGCUAUACUAUUCAUUUUGGGGUAUUUUUCAGGCUGCUAGAUUUUGGUCUUCAGGGUCGCUCUAAACUUAUUAAGAUGUAAUUCACCUAUGUUUUGGGUAUGAAAUAAGGAGUAACUUCAGGCUUGUACAGACUUUUGGUCAAACAGUGUAGACUACUUCGUACUUAUUGCGGCGUAGCUUAACUUAAGAGAUUAAACCCUAAGUUUUUGCUGAUGUAUUGAAGCUUUCGUGUCAUUUUUUAUCUUGUGCCAAACUUUUACUUAAAUUAAUGCCUAAACUAGAUUUCCUUUUA